GGAAGGUGCUCGCAAGCCUGUCCCCCAGCUAUAUCCCUCACACACACAGCUUGGCCUUCCCCACGCUGAGGAGCGGCCAAGAAAAUGCUGGGUUGAAGCUCCUGGAUGGGUGGGUGAAGCUUCCCAGGCCCCUGAGGAGAAGCAGGACCCCUUGCUGUGUGAUGCUGUGGGAGGUAAGCCCUUCUCCUAGGCCUGGAGUGCCUCUGUUGGCUUCUCAGCACCUGGAGUGGCUGCUGGCACGAGGGCUCGCCAUGCAGCGGAGGAGGACCUCGGAUGAUCCCCACAGCAGUCUGGUAGGACAGGACAGCGGUGGACGAGUAACCUGCUAUGGGAGUCUGAGCGAGGAUGCUGUGGAAAUCUCCCAGGCUGGCAACGCAUCCCUGGCUGAGAAGAGCACAGCCAAUGUCUUCAGCGAUGGCUGCACAAGGAUAGAUUUCGUCCUUGUGUGGGAAACAGUCCCCAAGGAGCUGAGCGGGCAGAAGGGCAGCCGUGAGAACAGGGCUUUGCAGGAGAGAUCCACCACCAUCCACAGGACCUGGCGGAAGAAGUUCCUGGACAAGCUCCACGCUGCUGGCCUCCACAUGGAAAAGCACACGGCCCGUGUGGAGAAGGUGGUGGUGCACUACUUGCUGCUGAGUGCGCCCUGGAGUGUGCUCUGCUACUAUGCUGAGGAGCUGCAGCUCCGUGUGCCGUUGCAGGCGCUGCCCAACCAGACCUCCCACUGGUCAGACAGAGUGCUGCGGCGGCUGGGCAUCCCCAACGCCAUGGCCCAGGAGGUCCCCAGUCUGCCGCUGGACUACUACACCUGCCCCUUCAAGGUCAACAAGCUGCAAUGGUUCCUGGGGAGUGACAAGCAGGACACCUUCUUCUCCACAACUCAGAGGCACCAAAUCCUCUACGAGAUCCUGGCCACCACGCAGUACGGCUGCUCCAAGGAGCGGGAGGUGGGGGUGGACCGGCUGCUGAGCGAGGGUGUCUUCACUGCCGCCUUCCCGCUGCACGAGGGCUCCUGCGAGGCCCCGCCGGAGGGGCCAGCCUCUGGCAGCCCCAGCCCGCGCCAGGUCCUUUUCCAGUACUGGGCCAGCUGGAGAAAGUGGAGCAAGUACCAGCCUCUGGACCACGUCCGCAAGUACUUUGGGGAGAAAGUCGCUUUCUACUUCGCCUGGCUGGGCUUCUACACGGGAUGGCUCUUGCCCGCCGCCGUGAUGGGGACUGUGGUGUUCAUCGCAGGCAUUUUCCUGGUGUUCAGUGACGUACCUGCGCAGGAGAUCUGUGAGAGCAAAGAGCAGUUCCAGAUGUGUCCGCUCUGCAAGUCCUGUCCCUACUGGCAGCUCUCUGACACCUGCAGCACUUUCAUGGCGGGCCGUCUCUUUGACCACGGUGGGACCAUCUUCUUCAGCAUCUUCAUGUCCCUGUGGGCAGUGCUGUUCCUGGAGUUCUGGAAGCGGACAAAUGCAUCCCUGGCACACCGCUGGGACUGCUCCGAGUUUGAGGACAUUGAGGAGCGGCCCCGGCCCCAGUUCACUGCCAUGGCUCCCAUGACGAUAAUAAACCCUAUAACUGGGGCAGAGGAGCCCUAUUUCCCCCAGCGCAGCCGCAUCCAUCGGAUUUUGGCUGGUUUGGUGGUCAUUAUAAUGUUGAUUGCCAUGGUGGUGAUGUUCGUGGUCUCCAUUAUCCUGUACCGGACAGUUGUUGCCAUCCUCCUCUCCAGCUCAGGGUACUUCUGGUUUGUGGCUUCGGCAUCGCGCAUCGCCAGCAUCUCCAGCUCAGUGGUGAACCUCUUCUUCAUCCUCAUCCUCUCCAAGAUCUAUAUUUCCCUGGCUCAUCUCCUUACCAAGUGGGAGAUGCACCGCACCCAGACCAAGUAUGAGGAUGCCUUUACCUUCAAAGUGUUCGUCUUCCAGUUUGUCACCUUCUACUCCUUUCCCAUGUACAUAGCUUUCUUCAAGGGCAAGUUCGUUGGCUACCCUGGGAACUACCGGAGCUUUUUGGGCAUCCGCAACGAGGAGUGCAGCCCAGGUGGGUGCUUCAUUGAGCUGGCCCAGGAGCUGCUGGUCAUCAUGGUGGGGAAGCAGAUCAUCAACAACGUGCAGGAGGUGGCCAUCCCGAAGCUGAGGUGUUGGUGGCACAAGCACAAGCUCCUCUCCACAAAGAAGAAGGCCAUGGUGGAGGGUGGGCCGGUCCCGGCGGAGCAGGCACCUUGGGUGGUCAACCACCAGCUGCUGGCCUUUGAGGGGCUGUUUGAUGAGUACCUGGAGAUGGUCCUGCAGUUUGGCUUCAUCACCAUUUUCGUGGCUGCCUGUCCCCUGGCACCCCUCUUUGCCCUGCUCAACAACUGGGUGGAGAUCCGCCUGGACGCCCGCAAGUUCGUCUGUGACUACCGGCGGCCCGUGGCCGAGCGGGCACAGGGCAUCGGCAUCUGGUUCUCCAUCCUGGAGGUCAUCACCCACCUGGCUGUCAUCAGCAACGCCUUCCUCAUCGCCUUCACCUCCGAUUUCCUGCCCCGCGUGUACUACGAGUACAUCCACGACAGCAGCCUGCGUGGCUACGUGAACUUCACCUUGGCCUACGCGCCGUGGGACUUUGUCCAGCAGAGCAACACCAUGUGCAGGUACAGGGCGUUCAGAGACCAGGACGGCAAUUUGACGUUGACCUACUGGCACCUGCUAGCCGUACGCUUGGGCUUCGUCAUCGUGUUUGAGCACGUGGUUUUCUUUAUUGGGCGCGUGAUCGCCUGCCUGGUUCCUGACAUUCCUGAGUCGGUGGAGGUCAAGGUGAAGCGCGAGCGGUACCUGGCCAAAGAGGCCCUGGCUGAGAACAAGGUCCUUUUGGAGAGACGGGAGGCAAGGAGCAAGGCCAGCAGUGCGGAUCCAGCAAGCAGGGACUGGGAAACUGAGCAGGUCGAGGGCAGCUGAGAGCCGCGGCGUGCCCCAGGGCCACAACCUGCUCCUCCUCACAGCAGCGCGGAGCCGUGGGGCAGCAUGCCGGCCGGCCAGCCCUGCUUGGCUGGCUCAGGGCAGCUCUGCCACAUGGAGGUCAGGGCUAUGCUGCUGCUGCAGGCGGGGAGGGAGGCAGCCAGCUCUGGGCAUUUGUCCAGGCUCCUUGGGAACAGCCCCGCGGCGUAAAUGAAUUAAAGGUGGCCGGCCACACUGCGGUCCUGGGCUGGUAGGCCUCACUGCUGGUGCUCAGCUAGCAAAGGCAGGCUCCUGCCUGCAGCUGCUGCUAGGCUGGGCAGCACAAGGACAGGCUGACUCGCCCCUGCCUGGACAAGUCGCAGAAGGGCUGCCUGGACUGGCUGGUGCUUCUGCUGUCUCCUGCGCUGGGUGCUUACCGUAACCGCAGCUGGAGGGGUUGCUCCUGCCACCCUAAGUGGGUAGGCAGGAAAUAGCUGAGCUGUGGGAAAGCUAUGGAGACCCCACGUGAAGGUGGGAGGCGUGCUGCUACCCUUUGACAGGGGGACCACGAGGGGAAACAGCCCCUGAGCAAAGCUUGGCUUCUCAAGAGCAGCAGCUUGGCCCUGGCAGGUGGGCACCGGGCAGCAGCGAGAGUUGCAGAAGGCAGAGGUUCUCAGCGGGUGGGCAAGAGGGACUGCAGCUGCUGCCUCCCUCUCCUCCCCUGUACCAGCAGCAGCCCUGGCAUCACCUUGCUGGCUGUGAGCAUUGGGUGCCUUCCUCCACUGCUGCUGGGUGCUGCGCUCACCUCCCCUCAGACCAGCGUUCUCUGUGCGCAUCCCUCCUCAGCAAGGGCACUGCCGCAGCAGAGGCUCACACCUGCAA